AUGUCCCUCUCACAGCCACAGCCUCCCACAGCAUCACAGCCACGCCACUCCUGCCUUCCCACGUCCCUCUUACAGCCACAGCCUCCCACAGCAUCACAGCCACGCCACUCCUACCUUCCCACGUUCCUCUUACAGCCACAGCCUCCCACAGCAUCACAGCCACACCACUCCUGCCUUCCCACGUCCCUGCCACAGCCACAGCAUCCCACAGCAUCACAGCCACGCCACUCCUACCUUCCCACGUCCCUGCCACAGCCACAGCAUCACAGCCACGCCACUCCUGCCUUCUCACGUCCCUGCCAUAGCCACAGCAUCACAGCCACGCCACUCCUGCCUUCCCACGUCCCUGCCACAGCCACAGCAUCACAGCCACGCCACUCCUGCCGUCCCACGUCCUUCUCACAGCCACAGCAUCACAGCCACGCCACUCCUGCCUUCCCACGUCCCUCUCACAGCCACAGCAUCACAGCCACGCCACUCCUGCCUUCCCACGUCCCUGCCACAGCCACAGCCUCCCACAGCAUACACCCACGCCACUCCUGCCGUCCCACGUCCUUCUCACAGCCACAGCAUCACAGCCACGCCACUCCUGCCUUCCCACGUCCCUCUUACAGCCUCCCACAGCAUCACACCCACGCCAUUCCUGCUUUCCCACGUCCCUGCCACAGCCACAGCCUCCCACAGCAUCACAGCCACGCCAUUCCUGCCUUCCCACGUCCAUGCCACAGCCACAGCAUGACAGCCACGCCACUCCUGCCUUCCUACGUCCCUCUCACAGCCAUAGCAUCACAGCCAUGCCACUCCUGCCUUCCCACGUCCCUGCCACAGCCACAGCCUCCCACAGCAUCACAGCCACGCAACUUCUGCCUUCCCACGUCCCUGCCACAGCCUCCCACAGCAUCACAGCCACGCCACUCCUUCCUUCCCACAGCCACAGCAUCACAGCCAGUCUCUUACUCCUAG